AUGGUCGUACUCAUCGCAUUACUACUCGGGGUCGCAACCCUCGCCAUAUGGCUGGUACUUAGAAAUUUCAGCUACUGGGAGCGUCGUGGUAUUCCCCACGAUCCCCCGCAAAUACCAUCGGGAAGUCUAUCUGGAAUGAUGACCACAAUUCAUAUUUCGGAUAUCUUUAAACGCACGUAUUUUAAAUAUAAAAACAAAGUCAGUUCGCCUUUUGUGGGUUUUUAUGUUUUCUUCAAACGAGCUGUCAUUGUUGUGGAUAUUGAUUUCGUGAAGACUGUGUUGAUAAAGGAAUUCGACAAAUUUCACGAUCGCGGUGUAUUCCAUAAUGAACGUGAUGAUCCCUUAUCUGGUAACCUGGUCAACAUUGAGGGUCAAAAGUGGAAAAGUCUGAGACAUAAACUGACACCGACAUUUACUUCUGGCAAAAUGAAGCACAUGUUUCCCACUGUUCUGGAUGUGGGCGAAGAAUUGGUUAAGAUUUUCAAUGCAAAAACAUCAAGUGAACCUCAACCUUUGGAAAUCACGGAUUUGGUGUCUCGCUAUACGGCUGAUGUGAUUGGAAGCUGUGCCUUUGGUCUGGAAUGCAAUAGUCUGCAUAAUCCAGAAGCAGAGUUUGUCAAAAUGGGAACAGUAGCACUAACCAAGAGACGUCACGGUAGAGCAAUGGAUCUGUUUCUAUUCGGUGCUCCCAGAUUGGCUGCAAAAUUCGGGAUCAAGGCCACAUUACAAAAGGUCGAGGAUUUCUACAUGAAGAUAGUUAAAGAUACUGUAGAAUAUCGGACUAAAAAUAAUGUCAAACGAAAUGAUUUCAUGGACAUGCUUAUCGAUUUGAAGAAGAAGUACGAUGAAGGCAAUGGAGAGGAUGGUUUGUCUUUCAAUGAGUUGGCUGCCCAAGCGUUUGUGUUCUUUUUGGCUGGUUUUGAGACGAGCUCGACCACCAUGGGUUUUGCUCUUCACGAACUGGCUAUCAAUCAAGACAUUCAAAGUCGAUUGAAAAAGGAAAUUGAUGAGGUGUUAGCCAAAAAUAAUGGAGAAUUUAACUAUGAGAGCAUGCAUGAGAUGAAAUAUCUGGAAAAAGUUAUUGAUGAAACUUUGCGUAAACACCCUGUGGUAGGACAUCUCAUUCGUGAGGCCACACAACGCUACGUUCAUCGCGAUAAUCCUGAUUACUAUAUUGAGCCUGGCACUGGUGUAAUUAUACCUGUUAGGGCUAUUCAUCACGAUCCUGAAUUUUAUCCUGAGCCAGAAAAAUUCAUACCCGAACGUUUUGAUGAGGAGCAAGUGAACCAGCGUCCGGCUUGUACAUUUUUGCCCUUUGGCGAUGGUCCCCGCAAUUGCAUUGGCCUGAGAUUUGGACGCAUGCAAACCACAAUUGGAUUGGCGAAACUCAUACACAAUUUCAAGUUCGAGGUGAAUCCUACUCUGACCUCAGUGCCAAUGAAAUUUAAGGUUGAAAAUUUGCUGUGGAGUGCCGAAGGUGGAAUAACUUUGAAUGUUAGCAAAUUUGCUAGAACAUAUCUGUUCACAAUGGCGGUAUUAAUUCUACUACUUCUUGGUGUUGUAUCCCUCGCCGUGUGGUGGGUACAUCAGCAAUUUAACUACUGGCAACGACGAGGCAUUCCCCAUGAUCCUCCCAAAAUACCUGCGGGAAACAUGGUCGAAUUGAUGAAGACAAGGCACAUUGCGGAUAUUUUCCAACGUACUUACUUUAAAUACAAAAACAAAGUCGAUGGACCCUUUGUGGGUUUCUAUUUCUACUUUAAGCGAGUAGCCCUUACUGUGGAUAUCAAUUUCGUAAAGACUGUGCUUAUGAAGGAUUUUGAUAAAUUUCACGAUCGCGGCAUAUUCCAUAACGAACGUGAUGACCCUCUUACUUGUAACUUGGUUGGCGUUGAGGGUCAAAAGUGGAAAAGUCUUAGGCAUAAAUUGACACCGACAUUUACAUCGGGUAAAAUGAAGCACAUGUUCCCAACAUUACUUAAAGUGGGCGAUGAAAUGGUUCAAGUCUUUAACUCAAAAAUCACAAGUGAUACGCAACCAUUGGAAAUCACGAAUUUGGUGGCUCGUUUUACGGCGGACGUGAUAGGCAGUUGUGCAUUUGGUCUGGAGUGCAACAGUCUGCAUAAUCCUGAGGCAGAAUUCGUCAAAAUGGGAAAUGCAGCCAUCAAUGAAAGAAGGCACGGUAGAGCUCUGGAUCUGUUUCUAUUCGGUGCCCCCAAAUUGGCUGCAAAAUUGCGCAUGAAACAAUUGGUCCAAAAGGUCGAGGAUUUCUACAUGAACAUAAUUAGGGAUACGGUGAAUUAUCGUGUUAAAAAUAAUGUCAAGCGUAAUGAUUUCAUGGACAUGCUGAUCGAAUUGAAGAAGAAGUACGAUGAAGGCAACAAAGAGGAAGGUUUGUCCUUUAACGAGUUGGCUGCUCAGGCAUUUGUGUUCUUUUUGGCUGGCUAUGAGACCAGUUCGACUACCAUGGGAUUCGCUCUUCACGAAUUGGCUCUUAAUCAGGACAUUCAAAAUAGAUUGAGAAAUGAAAUCGAUGAGGUGUUAGCAAAAAAUAAUGGAGAAUUCAGUUAUGACAGCAUGCGUGAAAUGAAAUAUCUGGAAAAAAUUAUUGAUGAAACUCUUCGGAAACAUCCUGUUGUGGGACAUCUCAUUCGUUUGGCCACGCAACGUUACGUUCAUCCCGAUAAUCCUAAAUAUUAUAUCGAGCCUGGCACUGGUGUUAUAAUACCUGUUAAAGCAAUCCACCACGAUCCUGAAUUUUAUCCUGAGCCAGAAAAAUUCAUACCCGAACGUUUUGAUGAGGACCAAGUGAAACAGCGUCCGGCUUGUACAUUUUUACCCUUUGGCGAAGGUCCCCGCAAUUGCAUUGGCUUGAGAUUUGGACGCAUGCAAACCACAAUUGGACUGGCGAAACUCAUACACAAUUUCAAGUUCGAGGUGAAUCCUACUCUGACCUCAGUGCCAAUGAAAUUUAAGGUUGAAAACAUAUUGCUGAGUGCUGAGGGAGGAAUAACUUUAAAUGUCAGUAAAGUCAUUAGAAAGUAGUUAUAGCAAUUAAAAGUGUAUAUAAUAUUUAUUAAUAAAAAUUAAGCGUGAAUAAUUUAUACGA